UGCUGCCCAUGAGCCUUGCUGCUGAAAGCCCUUGAAGUUGUCAUAGCAAAGCCUUCGGGGAGCUAGUAGGUGGUGGAGACAGAAGAGACGGUGACAAAAUCUUUGUGGGUAUGACCCGUACAUGACAAAUUCACAGGGUCUUACUGGUGAUACGGGUAUCAAACCAGCAGCAUGCCGUGGACGUGAUGCUGUUCGUGUUUAUGUACAGUUAGCUUGCUGUUUUUAAAGCUACCAUCACCCUCAGGGUUAGAUAUAGCAGUGGCUGGGGGCUUUCUUCUUAUGUUGGAACGUGAAAGGCACACUUUUCCCUUUCUUUUAUUUUCUAUUUUUAUUUUUUAAAUACCAAGUGUCACUGUGGUGUCUUCUUCAGUGGUCUCUUCACCCUAUAUCACUGUCCGCCUGCUCAAUAGAGGCUUUUAUAUUAUUUUGAUGCUGCAAAUAUUCCUUUAUCCAUGUAGAGCAUCCGUAAGGAAUGGUCUGCAGGACUUGCUGCGCUGAGGCUGCGCUGUACCGGAGCGUGGUGAUGCAGGGCCAGGUCCAUAGCAGGUGUAGUGGCAGCGCGGUACCUUGCACUCUGGUCUGUCGAGGCUGUUUUUCACUGCUUCCAAAGGAGCUUCGCAGUUUAUAAGACUUUGAAAGCUUGACAUGGACAUGAUGUUCCUCCUGAGAUGUUGCCGCUGUAUCUCUUGGAGCAGUUCUUUUGUUGCUUCCGACAGCUGAAAUUAACGUGGAGCAAACUCCGGAAUGUUUGAACAAGCUGAGCUUUCCUUGUAAUAUCUCUUUUCCCCAGACAAACGUGGGGAGAUGUUCAGCCCUCCCUCCCCCCAUUUCCUUCCUCCCCAAGCCUCGACACUGUCCCACUGUUGUGGAUUGCUUGUCUCCUGCAAGACUGUAUUUCAUUGUCCCUCGAGAAUGCCCGAGUCAGUGCUUAUUUGUCUCCGAAUCAUUGUCCUUGCAGUCUUGAAUAAAACCCACGUUAAGCAGGUGGAGCUGAUAAAAUCACUUCCAACGCAGCUGAUGGCAACUGGGUCAGCUCCUUUCUCACUGUUUCCUGACAGAGGAGAAAAUAAAGCAGACACGAAAGCAAAACACACGACUUUUCCCGUCUCCCUUCCCCAGCCCCCCCGUCAUGGUUUCUUCAACACCAAAACAGAAGCCUCAGCCACUCAGCUGCACGGGAGAGUCUGAAUUUCUCAGAGUCAACAUUUCCACGUCUGACAAAAUUUAAAAAAGAAUAAUAACAAUAAUAAAAAAAAGUGCAGAGGCUGCAUGUGGUCUGGCACGCAGCCAGGCAAGGAGAGCUCUUUGGGGUUAUUAUUAGGCAGAUAACUGUAUCAAGAACUUGAACGUCAACCCCACUGUGAAGGCUGCGGCUCUGUUGAAAUGCUGAUGCAUGUUUGAUGCUUAUGAGAAAAUAUAUCGCAGUGUCUAAAGCCACUUUUUUUUUCUUCUUUUCCCCCUGCAAUAACUUUGGUGCUGGUGGUGUUCCUGGGAAGUGACUGCAGGUGCUCUGAGGGGAGCUGUUGCCAGUUUUGAGCUUGCAAAUCCCUUUCUGUUGUUACAACCAACGCCUUGCUCGCACCUCUCAUAGGAACCAAACCUAGAACUUGUGCACGUUGCAGGGAGGUGGGCCCAAAGGGAACUGGACUGCCUUGAGGAUCUUGUAAUCCCUUCUCAGGGCUUAUCUCAGCAAGGUGAGGGACGUUUGGGGGCCGUGGGUUCUGGUUUGGAAGGUGUGUGUGCAGAGAGGUACUCAGGGCAUGGGGAAACCAUCACUGGGACUUCAGUGCCCUGUAGCGGGGGGGCACAAGGAGAUGCAAGAAGAGCCUGACCGAUCCGUUAGGAAGGACAGCCUGUUGGUGAUCCUCAAGAACGGAGACAGCACUUACAGCACUCGAGGAGCAAGAGCUGACGGAGAGGGAUGCACGAGGCAAGGUGACACGGGUAGAGCUGCAGCCCGGGAAGUUUCUUGUCAAGUGCCUGGAGACCGGCAGAAGAAUGUCUGUUGGUAAUGCUGCGAGAUACCACGUAUCUGUCUGUGUUCCCAGCUAUAUACGAGUCCUUUAUAAUUGGGUGUGCCUGAAUGCAUCAGCCUUUGGAUGUGAGCGUCUUCUCCUGAAACAGCCUUGUGAUAUCCGAGCUGCCUGUUCUCACGGGAGGUGCCUCAGAAGAGCCUGUCCCUGCGUCUGUCCCGGGGCCUGACGGGGCUGCCUGGCUUCCAGAUCUGAACCAUGUCUCACCCGUCCUGGCUGCCGCCCAAGAGUACCAACGAGCCUGUUGGUCACGUUACGGCGAGGAUGGAGACCACGCAUGCCUUUGGGACUCCCAGCAUCUCGGUGUCCACCCAGCAGACGCCAAAGAAGUUUGCACCCGUUGUUGCCCCCAAGCCAAAGUACAACCCAUACAAGCAACCAGGAGGUGAUGGAGACUUCCUUCCUCCACCCCCACCUCCUGUCGAUGACCUCGGGAGUAUCACAUCACAAGGUGCCUUUCCGCCACCGCCCCCUCUGGAUGACGUUACUUUCAACGUGCAGGUGAAUCCUGGUGGCAAGACACUAGAGGAGAGGCGGUCCAGCUUAGAUGCAGAAAUCGACUCCCUGACCAGCAUCCUGGCCGACCUAGAGAGCAGCUCUCCUUACAAGCCUCGGACUCAACAGGGCUCCGGGACCUCCAGCAGCUCUGCUGCCACCGCCCCGUCCGUGUCCACCCCUGUCACUGGCCACAAGCGGAUGAUCAUUCCCAACCAGCCUCCCCUCACCGCCACCAAGAAGUCCACCGCCAAGGGCCCGGGCCAGCCGGCUCCCAUCCCGGUCACUCCUAUCGGCACCCUGAAGCCACAGCCGGUACCGGCCUCCUACGCCACGGCCUCCACGCCCAGCCGCCCGACCUUCAACGUCCAGGUGAGGACGGCGCAGCCCAGCCCUCACUACCAGCCGCCCGGCCCGCAGCCCACUCACUACGGCAGCAUGGGGCCUGGGCAGCCCUACGCGGCCCCGCCGUCCCGCCCGCCUGGCGCCCCGCAGUACGGCUCACCACAGCCCCGCGGGCCCGACUACGGCUACGCCCCGCCGCCCGCCCGGCCCUCGGAGCCCAGCUAUGGCUACGCGCCGCAGCAGGGCCGGUACCAAGACCCGUACUAUGGCGGGUACGGGGGGAGGAAUGGCUCCGAAGCGCCCUACAUGCCGCAGAGCACAUGGAAGGUCGAACCGGCGUAUCCAGCCAGUAACACCGUGGGCCAGGCUCCUCCCGGGCUGUACCAACCGCCUGGUACAAAGAAGACCUAUAUCACCGACCCAGUGAUGGCCCCGCAGCCGCUGCAGCAAAAGAGUGGGUAUCCGAGCUCUGGACCCGCAUCAAGCACUCCUGCCUUCAGGCCUGAGGAUGAGCUGGAACAUCUGACCAAGAAAAUGCUGUAUGACAUGGAGAAUCCUCCCUCUGAUGACUACUUUGGCCGCUGUGCCCGCUGCGGGGAGAAUGUUGUUGGGGAAGGCACUGGCUGCACAGCCAUGGACCAGGUCUUCCACGUGGAGUGCUUCACCUGCAUGAUGUGCAACAGCAAGCUGAGGGGACAGCCUUUCUAUGCAGUGGAGAAGAAAGCCUACUGUGAACCCUGCUACAUCAACACACUGGAGCAGUGCAGUGUCUGUGCAAAGCCCAUCAUGGAAAGGAUUCUGCGAGCCACUGGGAAGGCCUACCAUCCCCACUGCUUCACCUGCGUGAUGUGCCAUCGCAGCCUGGAUGGGAUCCCCUUCACCGUGGAUGCCGGAGGGAACAUCCACUGCAUUGAGGAUUUCCAUAAGAAAUUUGCACCGAGGUGUUCAGUGUGUAAGGAGCCCAUCAUGCCAGCACCAGGACAAGAGGAGACUGUCCGCAUUGUCGCCUUGGAUCGUGACUUCCAUGUCCAGUGCUACCGGUGUGAGGACUGCGGCGGCCUCCUCUCUGAAGGGGACAAUCAGGGCUGUUACCCUUUGGACGGGCACAUCCUUUGCAAGACCUGCAACUCGGCUCGGAUCCAGGCUCUGACUGCCAAGGCCAGCACUGAUCUCUGAGUAUCAACUGUGACCCUCCUCAGGAUGCCUUCCUGGGGGAAUUGCACAAGCUUUGCAUGAUUUCUUUCCAGCCUAGGGUCUGAAACUCUGUUUAAAAAAAAAAAAAAAAAAAAAAAAAAAAAAAAAAACUGGAAGGCUUUGGAACAAGAGGGCAUUCAGGCCAUGUUCAGACUGCCUGCAAUAGGCACCUAAUUUAGACAGGAUUCUCCAGGAGGGUGGCAAGUCAGACCACCAGCUGUCUCUGCAGUUGAUGGUGACAAGUGAUGAUAACACCUAAGUUAUCUGCCUGUAGAAGGAGGUCUGAACUGGUGAAAGGUGGCUGAGCUAGACUUUUCCUAAGUCAUUCUUGAUCAGCUCUCACUGAAGACAGGGGAGCUUCUCUUUGAUUUUAAUAGGAUCUGAGUCACAGCAGAAGUAGCUCCACUGUCACAGAAGGUGUGAAACCAGUAUGAGAGUAAAACCAGUGCUCCUCUCAUUACAUCACAAACAAUACAACUUCAACCACGCUGCACCUAAGAGUGUAGAUGUGAUCUUGUAUCUUUGGGACGCAGAUUUAUUGUCUGUAUCUUUUGUCUUAGGCCCUUACUUGUCUCCAUUCCCUUCCAGUUCUAUAGGUUUUUUUUCUUUUUCUUAUGAAAUUAUAUUUUGCUAUUGCAUAAAUUUAUUCAGUAGUGAUGCUUCCAAUUCACAAAAUGAGCAAUCACAGAAUGACAUAAGCUUGAAUACACUACACACACACACAUACACACACAGACACAAUGUGCUUUUGAUUUAGUAGAGAUAUAAGUCAAUCAUGUCCAUUGAGAAGGUCUUUUAAGGAUCUGGGGCUGGAAACACUUUUAAAAAAAUCCCAGUAGUUAAAAAAAAAAAAAAGACUACAUAGAACUGCAGUGCAGAAAGCGAUGCUCAAAAACACCUUAUGCCACUCAUUAUAGUGGGACCAGUGUCAGCACUGGUUUCUGGGUAGAUAUUUAAGCAGUGCAGCCUUGUUUCGUUGUUUAUUGCAGUGGGGAGGAUUUUUCUUCAACUGUAACAGGAAUUGAAUCAGGCCUUGGGAUAGAUGUUUCUCUGAUGGUAACGUGCACAAUCUGGAGUUCUCAUUAAAAAAGAUAUUUCAACAACGGCAAAAGGGCCUUUCUAAAUACAUGCAGUUGUUCAGUUUUUAUCUUAAAAAAGUUAAAGAAGGUGUUAAACUGUUCUCUGUGCCAACCCAGAAAGCAAGCAUUUUUUUUCUUUCAUUUUCAUCCCAGCCACUUAUUACUCCUCACUGGUAAAAUGUCAUUGCAGAAGAGUGCUGGGCCAGGAGCAGCACUUUCAUCUUCUGUCCAGAGUUAAUACAGAUGCCAAGGUAAAUAAAAGCUGGGCACAGAUAACCUUUUUUUUUUUUUUUUUUCUCAUGUUGAUAGAGUUUUUGUGGGUUUUGUUGUUUUAUUAAUUAAAAAAAAAUAAUAAAUUUGCAGCUCACUCUGAGCAGCUAUAAUAUUCUUGUUCAUGAAACCCAUAAUAACUCAGGUGCAAAUUACAUAGUGAGGGAGUAAUUUUCGUAUCACUGAAUUGACAUUAAUAUCUUAUUUGCAGAUGUAAUCAAAGAGAAUACCUUUCUUUGCACUUAACAAAUUAAGAAGCAGAACUGAAACAGUUGCAGGCUGAUUGACCAUAUUAGUGACAAAUUGGCACUUUUCAAGAGUGUUACAAGAAAUUUUUUUCAUGCACGCACUGAAAAGCAAUGAGAAUGCAGUGCUUUCAUCUUUAAUCUCUAUAACAGAAGCCUGAUAUAAUUAUACCUACUAAUGCUGGAAAAAAAGGGAAAGUUAGAUGAGCUGGGCUGGUAAGAAACAAAGAAGAAAAAAUUAAUAUACUUACUGCAGCUCCGGCAAAUGGUGCAUUUCCUUUCAGUUUAGCACUAACCUUUAUGGAUGAACACUGUGAACUGUAAUAGCUUUAGCUGUAUACAGUAAAUUCAAAUACAAACUGUGUAAGGAACAGAGGUUUCAGAUAGGUAUUUCUGUAUUUUGGCAAGCUGCAAUGGUGUCAGGGAAGACUCCCAAAAUUCACAGCUCAAAAUGAAUCCUUCUUUGUAGAAGGGUGGCAUCAUUAAGCAAUAGAAAUCGUUCUCCACUGUAGUGACUGUGUUGAAGCAGUUUGCCUUUUUAUACUAGAUUUCUACCCUGGCCUUCAAGAAUUUUACUGCCUUAUACAUUAACAGACUUUUUUGCACUGUGGCUUCUGCCAGAUUCCAUCUGGGCUCCUGCUCCCUGAACCAUGGCACGUAAGAUACUUCUGAGCUCGCUUCUUUACAGGCAGUCCCCACCACCACUAGUCAAAAACCCUGGCAACUAUUGAGCAAAUCCAGUUUGAAUUAACCCCACAGAAACACUGGAGUGCAGAGCUGGGGUUGCUAACACUGUUGUAUUCCUAUGGAGGAUUUUACAUUUCUGCAAGCAUGUACAGAAGAAGCCAUUCAUCAGGCUGCAAACACAGCUCUGAACUUCCUCCUUGUUAGUGUUAAAUCAGGUGGCUGAUGAGACUCUCAUAAAUAACAGUGUGGUAACUGAUUCAAGUGAGCUAUUUUGGCUACAGUCUGCAGGCAGGAACGACUCAGGAGGACUGAAGUCCAGAGCCCCUUGGGCUUUUAUGGCUCUGCCAUAGGCUGGACUUGGAGUAAGUCAUAUGGCUUCUCAUUUUCUGCGCGAGGUUUCUUUACAACUUCCCAGGGAUGCUAUGGGAAUUAAACUAAUCACAGAUUGGCCCAAACUACUGAUUUUGGAGUUCUGUUUUCUCUUUCCAGAGAAGUUUGCUGGUAUGUAGGUUUGGGAUUCCAGCCCAUUUAAAAGCUAAGGGCCAGCCAGGAGUUCUAGAUCUGAAUCUCUGUGUUACUAGUGUGCUGUGGUGAGUUGGGCUGAUGUGCACGGAGGUGAGAGCCAAACUUUUCACUCAUUAAAUACCCCACGGAUGGAAAGCGGUUGACAAAGAUUGAGUGGUGUUAUAUGAGGUACUGGGGCUAAUUUCUAUACCUGAUAUAUCUGGGCAAAAGUACUGUCGUGCUUCUGUUUUUACUUCUGAAACACCAAAGCCACCUGCCUGUUGGAAGGAGUGAGUGUCCAAAAAGCUCAUCUUCAUUUUCUGUAAUGCAUGUUCUUUUGGAUUCUAAAAUUGCUAUAAAUAUAUUUGAAAGGUAGAGCAUAUAUGUAUAUAUACAUGUAUGUACCGAGGGUCUCAUCACCCACCUGUGUACGGAAAUCUCCCCUCUGAUGCAUCAGGGUUUAAUUAGGAAAUGUUGGUGGACUUAUCUUACUUGCACUGUAAUUAAGAACCCCUGGGAUAUUGCUACAUCACAAUAUUUAUCGCAUAUUUGUAAUAUAACCUGACCUAUCUGUUCCAAAGAAGGAUUUUAUUUUGCCAAAGAGGCCUUGCUUUUUUAAGGUGCAUUUCUUAGCCAUGAUAAAAAUCACUUUGUUUGUGCCUGUGGUAAUGUCUAAACUGUUCCUUUCAGAAAGAUUUGGAAGAUCAUACACAUCUCUGUUUGAGUCUACAGAGGUUUUGCUUGUGCUGCUUUGGCUUUUUGAACAUUUGUUGGCGAGUAGAGCCUGAUCCCAUGAUUUGUGUGGCCAGAUAGGGCCCAAGAGGGGCCAGGAUCAGGUUCUAAUUUAGCAAAAUGCUUAAGCCCACGGGGUUUGUUUAAGCAUGGUCUUAAAGCCAUUGCAUGGUAUGACAUAAGCCAUGGGUGCAGUCAUUAAUACCAGACUGAUUCUGAAUGGCCCAGUCAGGCAGAUUCAAGUUGGGUAGGAUGUGGGCACAAAUUUCUGUCAAAUGAGCUUGAACACACGAUGCAGCUCCUGCGUCCCCCUCAUGCUGGCUGGAGGAGGGCAAACAGGACAUGAUCCAAUGCAACAUGUGGACAACGGGAGGGUGAGUUAUUACAAGAUCAGUGCUUCGUGUCAGGUGGCUGUGGCACUUUCCCUGUGUCAUAAGUAGCCCUACAGCCAGAUCUACUGUAUCUUUGAACCAUGGCUUUAAGUAUCUACUUAAACUUUCUCCAAAAGAUUGGGUUGCCUUGGUUACAGCCCAGUCCUUAAGCAUAUCCCCAAGGCUAACACUAGUAUUUUAUGAAUGUGAUGGGUUUUUUUGUCACUUACCUUAAUCAUUGCCUGAACGUUGCUUUUAAAAACAGAAAGCAACACCAUUGCUUUAGCAUAUCAGAUAAUGCACCUUUAAUUUUGUUUUUGUUUUUUUAAAUAUUUUAGUUUAGAUUUUUAUCACAGCUGCAAAACACUUGGGUGAUGACUUCAUCAUAGAGGUGUGGGAGUAGCAAAGUGUUUAUCAGAGUGAACUCUACAUAAUAGUGCUCAGCCUGAUGGCAGGAGCAAGGCUUCCCUGAGACACAGGCCUCAAGUUGACUUUCUGCCUACCAGCAAAAUAUGUGCCUGAGAAGAAUGAGGAAAAGGUGUCUUUUAGAGAAUUGGUGGCAGUUGAAGAGAAUAUGAAACAAAUCAUACUGAAAUCUCUUUGAACCUGCUCCUUCCUGCUAGGCCAUGGUGAGCCAAGCCUAGCCUAGGCCUGGUUUUAUGGUAUUGAUCCGUUUGAUUUUGAGACAGUCUGGCAAAUGUGGGCUAACAGGACCCCCAGAGACAGUCUGAGAGGGAAAUCCUGCAUCUUCACCUUCCUUCAGUAACUGUGUUAGACAGCUGAUGCCUUGGCUGAGAAAGGAUUUGAGUUUUUAACUGUUUGUUUUUUGUUUUUUUUUAUUGAUAUCUGUUUCUUGCAGUCGGUUCAUCAUGUUGAUUUGCUAUUUGUUCCCAGAGUUGUGCUGACUACACUUGAUAUAGAUUUCAAUACUGUAAGUCAGGGCUAGCAGAGAGAUGUGCUGAGGAAUCUCGCUGUGGUGAAAUUCCCAAGAGAAAACACUAGUGAUGGUAAUUGAGGGUUUGUUGCCAAAGGAUAGCAGGAACUACUUAGAACUAUCUGGAGGUUAGCAAUGUACAAAUUAAGAGAGCUGUGAGUGAGAACACUAUUUCCAGUUAGGGCUGGUCACAAUUUUUACACUAAAUUAUGUGAUGUCAAAAGUGCCAUUUUUUUAAUGAGAUAUUCUCCUUUCAGUGUUAUCCACAACAGUUUUUCUUGCUGUUAUAAUUAAAACCAUAUUGAAUUUUUAUCUAAAUAGAUUUCAGAGUUGUUAACAAAUAUUUUCAUUUCUCAAAAACCCAUGUCUCCCUCAUUUUUUGUAGUUCUUGGGUUUCUUCUGCUGGUAAAUUAAAGUCUCUGUAAUGGUUUUGAAAACUUUUUUGGAUAAAAAUUCUCUUUUCAUUUUUUUAAAGCACGGAUUCUUGGAAAAUGAUCCAGUAUUAGGCCUGGUAAAGUAAAAUUUUAAGAAAAAGAGCUUUGAAACUUUUCACAAGGUAUUUUACCCCCUAUUUUUGACUAGCUUUGCUAACUUUGAAGUCACUGUAUCCAUUGCCAGAACAAUCCAAAUAAUGUGACUCUUCUUAAAAUAACAGCAUUACUUCUGUUGGGUUUGUUUUUCUGAAAGCCAUGGGCUGGCUGGCUAUGGAGAGUGCCUAUGACUUUUUAUGUGGCAAUUGUGUUUUUUUUUUUUUUUUUCUUAAAAUUAGUGAAAAAUAUAAGCACGUUAUUGCAGCUGCCGUGAAGAUCAAGAGGUACGAUUGAACUUCACCAUUCUGAGCUUGGGAAUGGCAUUUCUCCUUAAACAUUUCUAGAAAUAUUACCUGUCUUCCUCAACAUUUCAAGUUUGAAUUUGCAACAGUCAAUUGCCUGUCUGGCAUUUGGUGCUUCUGAGUGCUGAGAGAGAGAAGACUUAACACUUGUGAAAUUAUAAAGUUCUCCUGACAUCUAAAAACUUGAGAGACAACCAUAAGCUCAGUAGGCUUCCUGAUGGCCUUUGGGGAACAGCUCUCAUUUCAGCUUGUGGGUUCUGUGCUGUGAUUUGCAAACACUAGGCUCAAGCACCUGCAGACCACUCUGGCAUAUGGACUCACAUGCACGCAUAAGGUGGUUGUGGGGCUACAACUAAGAAAUGUUUAGGCUGAAAUAUUAAGCGCUGCUACUUAUACCCACUGGGCUUUGUUCCUGGCUGUUCCUGGUCUCUUUUAGCUUCAUGUUAUGCAUAUAGGCAACUACCCCAUGGGCUGGUCACUGAUAUCAAGAGCUCUUAGGGCAAACUCUUUUUUUUCCUGUUUUGCUGUUUGUCUACAUUUCUCAUCAUGUGUCAAUCUUUUAGAAAAUGAGGAAGGAAACAAAAGCCCCAGGGGUGACAUUACCUUUACAUUUCCAGGGUUUAACAUCCCUCGUUGGGAACGUGGUGCUUGGGGGCUCUUUGCUCUGUCUCUGCCCUCCCUUUUUUCCACAAGUGGCAAUCUUACCUUCUUUUUCCAUUUGCUCAACGUGCUCUUGUCCUUGUAGUGAAGAUGGUAUGUUACUUACUUCACAGAGGUAUUGCAAGGCUUAGCUAGUAGUCGGAAAAACUUUUCCAGAUCUUUAAUCAAGUAGUUUUGCGCAUCCAUAGUAUCAGUGGCCUGCCAUAUGGAUAUCAAAGAAAAUGAUUAUAAUUAUUGCUUUUAAAAUGAUUGUGAAAUUGUGCCUUACUUUUUCAGUCAUAUUUAACCAUGUAAUUUAGAACCACAUGAUUGCAGGGACUUAUCAUGAAGAAAUUUGUUUGAAGGAUAGUUUGUUUUUAAAUAUUUUUUCUCCAAAAAUGAAUUUAUUAGUUUUCCCUCCUUUAUUUCUUUUCCUCCAGUUUUAUUCCUUUAAUAUGUUUGUGUAAAAGGGCAGCCAACAUUUGCAUUCGUGAGAGACAGAAGAUUUUAUUUGGUCUUGUGUGUGGAGCUUUCAUUUUCUUUUAUGUUCCUUCAGGAAAAUUCCUCUCUGCCCGAUUACUCAUAGUUAGAUGUCUUUAAAUGCAGGCUGACCAGUAAGGGUUUUUUGUUGUUGUUUAAUUUAGUGUGUGGUUUGCUUUGUGUUUUUGUUUUUUAAUUAUCUGGAUAUCGGGUACCGGGGAGGCAUUGCACAUUAAUGCAGAAUGUUAAUGCUAAUUUUCAUAGAAAAGACAAAAUUAGAGUCCUUUCCCUGUCUCCAGCACAGUUUUGUUACUGUUUUGUGUACGACACUAAUACUAAGCCAGACUGUAAAGGCAGAACGCUCGGUGACCUACUUCCAUUCACCAGCAAGAAUCCUUUGUCAGCUGACUCCUGUUUGUUUGUUCAUUUUUAAAUGUCGGAUUACAGAACGAGCAUCUCCCAAAGAUGAAAGAAAACAGUGUUUUCAUGUGCAGGAAAUUUGGGGUUGCAGUAACAGAACAUUUUCUUUGUGAAUUUGGAUGUCAUGGUGUUUUAAAGCCCCUGCCUGGAGCCUAAAUCAAUUUGGCCUCUCAUCCAGUUCAUCUCACUGGUGCUCCUAAAAGGCUGCAGCCCUGCAAAAGCUCAUGCAGCAUUUUUGGCCUCUUUCCCUUGCUCCCAUUUGGUACAUAUUUGCACAAUUUAACUGAGCUUUUCUUUCUGCUGAAGGUCAGAUGCAAGCGAUACGAAACACUAAACUUUAUAAACAAGCAAAGCCAUUUUAACCACAGUGUUUUGGACAAGAAUGGGUUUUUAGGUGGCGCACUGUCUGCUGGCCUGUGGAGGGGGGAUCCUGAGACUACAUUUGACUGAAACAGGAUGCAAAGCCACAAGCCUUGGUUUCUUAAUAAACUACUUACUGUAAUCCAGCUACACAGUUUCAGCCUCACACUUUAGAAGAAGCUUCCAGCAGCAACGCACAUACAGGCACUUUCCCUUUUCCUUGCAGAAAGUGAAACUUUCCCAACCAGUGCCAAUUUAACCUAUUGCAUAAGAUGCUGGAAGUUUGUUUUUUUGGUUGUUUUUCUUUUUUUUUUUUUUCCUUGGGAUUCUUUCUGUAACCUCUAUGAGCAAAGGAUGAAUAGCUUUUCUUUUUCCUUUUUUUUUUGACAAGAUUAGAUGUUGCAUAUUGAUGAGCUAGCAUUUCAAAGGUCCAUGGGGCUUUGGAACGUAUUAAGAAUCUCUGAAGUUUAAUAUUCACCACAUCUUAAAUAUUCAGAAGGAAAAAUCUGCAUAAAAUGGCUUUUGAUAAAUACGUUCUAGGCGUUCUUUCUUGCUGUCUUACACAAGCGUUGUGGGGAUUGUGGCCGUGCCAGUUUUGUUCCAAAGUGUCUUUUGUUUCAGCUUAUCAGGACCAUUUUGAUCCCAUUUGUAUGCCCAGCACUUGUCCUGAAGUCUUUUAUGGUUCCCGCUGGAACUGUACUGCAGGCAGGUGGAUGUAACCAAGGCAAAGGCGCUGCUGAGCACCCUAACUCCUGCACAGCUGUCUGCCUCAUUGCUCCCCUCCUGCUGUACAGCCUCAUCCUGUGCUUGCUUUUGGCGGUGCAGGUUGCUCAGCCUGGCUGGUUAGCCCAGCAGUCAGGCUUGGCUAAGAUCUUUCUGGAGACAUUCUUCAUGCUGGUGGGGAUUUGCAGGUGGAGAGGGCAAGAUCCUGGAUGCAGGGACAAAGCAAAGUGCCAUUCAGGGCAUCUCAGAUCUCACAGGGCAGUUUGGGUCUUUAGUAAGAAUCUCAGCAGUAAGAGGAAUGUUUUUAGGAGAAAUCCUUCCCUGGAUCUGUUUCCCAUCUCUGUUGAAAAUCCGAUUGAAGCUUUAGAUGAGAAUCAGUGAUGGGCUGUGUACACUCAGAUAUUUUACUGUAUUAUCAACACUCUCGUUUGCCUUAUCCUUGAAGUCCCAUGGUGCAUGCCAUGGUGUGCAGGACAGCUUCUUUGGCCCUGUUCAUAUGCAGCCUGGACUUUGUCAUGCCAGCCCCUGUUAAAUCAGUGCCUGGUACUUUUUCUCAGGACAGCUCUGGCUUGGGCCAAGGGCAACUCAUGCUCCAAUGCAAACAGUGGUGCUUUCUUUUUUGGCUUAAAAAUAAUGCAGCCUUUUCAAAUUCACCUUUCCCCUCUCAUGUAUUCCUGACAGAAGUAGGAUUUUAAAUAUUUCAUAACAUUCCUCUUUCUUCUCCUUUUUUGCCAGAUGUCUUGAAAACAUUGUCAGAUUACAAUCUGGGUGGGGGUUUUCAGGAUCGAUUUCCUUUCCUUCUUGAUUGCGUGGUGUAGGUUUGCAAUAAGUUUUUUUUUUCUUUUUUUUCCAUGUCUUACAGAACAGAUGCCUUCAGUUUAUGCAGAGAAAGAUUGACUAUGAUUAGAGCUAAUCCAGGAUGGCAGGAUUGGACCCCCACAGUGAAAUCUAGAAAAGUGAUUGCAAAAGUAUUUUGUUUCUCCUUUAUUAAUUACACAGGAAGUUUCCACAGAAGGCUCAUGUAACACAACUGGCCUAUGUAAUAAGUAGCAGGGCCUGUAAUUACAGUCUGUCUUCUGAUCCUAUCUGUGCUCUGACUUUCUAGGCAUUGCAGUUCUAUUUACAUGUGUCUUUGUCACCUUUUAAAUUUUUGAUUGGUCACUAAGGGAAGAACAGCACAAGCUGCGAGCCCUGUGGAGAUCCAGCAAUGAGGCCUCCUCCUCCUCACGUAUCUGCCUGCUUUGGGACACAGGAGAGAGAGAUUUUUACCAGGCAUGUAGCAAGGGGAGUGGGCUGUGUGCCAGCUGUGUAUCUUUUGAGAUCUCGGAGUCCUCAUAGGACUGGAAAUUUGAACCUUUUACAGGUCUUAAGUAGUGUACUAUCCUGCGAGGGAGUUUGUGUAUCAGCAUUUCUUUGCUCCAAGCAGUUUCUACAGGAUUUCGCCUUUCUUUUCUGUAAGAUUCAGGAUCGUAUGGUUGCAAAGAGAUCCUUCCAGCUAUGGCACAAGGAGGGAGAUGGCUUUUAGCAUCGUGCAGAGAAGCUGAGCUAUAAAUGCUGAUAUCGAUGUAAAACAACAGUAACCUGAGUGGAAGUGGAAGGCAGCGAUUUACCCGCGGUUCAGCACCAGGUUCACCAGCACUGAGCACCAGCAAGCAGGCCUCAAGCAGGUCAGCUCCCUGGCGUGUCAGUCCUGAGGCCUGGCAAUGAGGAAAUGGGCUCCUUGUAGAAGUCCUUGGUGCUGGUCACUCCCACAGUAGUCUCUUCUCUCUUUUAAAAUGUGUUCUUGAGUUAGGGUAGAACUCGAGAGGGAUGUCCCCCAGUCUUUUCCUUCAAGCCAUACUCCUAGCGCUAUGUUAGAUCAAGAGGAACAAAAGCCAUUGUGCAAACACUGUUAUUCUAUGCAAAAAAUAUUAACAACCCACUAUGGAUACAUUUAAUGUCCAUUGAAGCGUUAGGCAAAUCGUCCCUUUUCUGCAGCUUGCACUGUUAUUUAAUUAUUUUUGGUAUGACUUAUAAAAAAAAAAAGAACAAUUAUUUUUAAUUUUUUUCUAACUCUACUUCUAAGAAAGUUGAUGCUUUAAAGGAAAAAAAAAAAAACUUACUUUCAAACAUGGGUUUUUCAGGCUUCAAAAUUAAUAAUUUCUACACCUGACCCAGUUCUUGCAGCUGCCAAAAAAGAAAAGAGAAAGCUAUUUAAAUUUCUCAUAGAACCAUUUAUCUCUUAAAAUAUGCCAAGGCAAUUUGAGGUGGGGGUGGAGACUCAGCUAUUUAUCUCAGCAGCUUGAUUUUUCUCUUUAUGUUUCUAACUGUCAGGGGAAAAAAACGGUAGGAAGCUAUUCUUGGGCUAUUAUUGAUGUAUUGUGUUGCCAUUAUGCAGGAUGUCUGCUUUGCUAUAUACGGAAGGACAUUAAUAAUAGCCACCUCCCCUGCCCCCAGCCUCGGUUCCUCUUUGGGAAGAUACGCUUUAAACUGGAGCAUCUGCCCUGCUCAGACUGCUGCUCCCCCCUCUUCCCACCGUUUGUUCCCAGACUAGUUUGGGGGAACAAGGCUAAAGGGAAUAAGGAGACAGGUUAUAAGGCCGUUCUUCUGCCCACUCGUGUUCUUGCUCCAGGCAAGUUAUUUCCAUGCCAUGUACCUGGCUUCCUCUUCCCUUCCCGUGUGUUGCUCCUCUUUUCAUUCUAAGUUCAUCGGU